GAUGGCAGCCGGCGCGCAUUGUAUCGACGACCAAAACAACGAAACUUCCAAAACCCAACGCGUCCAUGUGUCUCAAUUACUAGGCAUCUCCAGCGGAGGUGCUUCGAGAGGUACGUGCACCGUCGACAAUGUCGGCGCAAGCCGACCGGCGAGCCCGGCAGCAACGGCUGCUCCCCGUCCCGAUCAUCCCCGUCGUCCUCUUCCUUGUCGCGCCAUGCGCGCUCUUCUUGUUCACGUCGCCCAACUUGGCGCUCCCCCGCAUCCGCAUCGAGUACGGCCGCCGCGACGGCGACGCUCCCUCUAGCGCGCCCACGAACGAGCCGCCACCGUCAAUGUCACCUUCUCCGGCUGCGGGGGUCGACAGAGACCAGGAGCAACGGCUCCCGCCGCUGCGCCAGCUGACGGACCGGCCGUAUUCGCUCGGUCUGGCCGUGUCGAACUACGACGACCGCCGGGCCAAAUGGCUCCGCCACCACCCGCAGUUCCCGGCCUUCGUCGCUCCGGGGAGGCCACGGGUGCUCGUGGUCACCGGGUCCUCGCCGGGCCGGUGCGGGGACACGUACGGCGAUCACUUGCUUCUCCGCGCGUUCAAGAACAAGGUGGACUACUGCCGCGUGCACGGCUUCGACGUCUUCUACAGCAACGCGGUUCUCGACGCCGAGCUGUCGGGGUUCUGGACCAAGCUGCCGCUGUUGCGCACGCUGAUGCUCGCGCACCCGGAGGCCGAGCUCCUCUGGUGGGUGGACUCCGACGUGGUGUUCACCGACAUGCUGUUCGAGCCGCCGUGGGGCAAGUACGCGCGCCACAACCUCUUGCUCCACGGCUGGGACGAGAAGGUGUAUGCCGCCAAGAGCUGGCUCGGCAUCAACGCCGGCAGCUUCGUCAUCCGCAACUGCCAGUGGUCGCUCGACCUGCUGGACGCGUGGUCGCGCAUGGGGCCGCGUGGCCCCGUGCGGGACAGCUACGGGAAGGUCCUCGCCGAGACGCUCUCCGACCGGCCCCCGUACGAAGCCGACGACCAGUCGGCGCUCGUCUACCUGCUCGUUACACAGCGCGGGAGGUGGGGCGAGAAGACAUUCCUCGAGAGUUCUUACAGCCUGCACGGCUACUGGGUGGGGAUCGUGGACAGGUACGAGGAGAUGCGGCGCAAGUGGGCGCCGGGGCUCGGCGACGGCCGGUGGCCUCUGGUGACGCACUUCGUCGGGUGCAAGCCGUGCGGGGGGCAGUACGCGAGCUACGACGAAGCGCGGUGCCGGCGCGGCAUGGAACGGGCGUUCAGCUUCGCCGACGACCAGAUACUGAGGCUGUACGGGUUCGAGCACGAGUCGCUCAACACCACCGUCGUGCGGCGCGUCCGGAAUGAGACCGGCGGACCGCUGGACGCGGACGACGAGGAGCUCGCCCGGCUCUUGCACCCGACGUUCAGGGCUGCCAAGCCCAUGUAG